AAUAUUUUCUCUACAUAGAUGGCAGAUUUGUGUGGGAAACUUUGGAUUCGAGGCGUAGUCGUUCUGGUUGCUUUUAUCCUCUUUCUUUGAUCAUAUUAUGAUUAUCAUAUAACGUCAUGUUAGAAUACAUUAGGUUAGCUUAGAUUAAAGCUAUACUAUCUAAGCCAUCAUUGUCUUCGAUAUUUUUGUUACUUUAUAUGAGUAUAACGUGGCAUUUAUUAUGAAUAAGAAUGUGACAAAAAAAAUAUGAUGAAGUUUAGUACAUACAUAUCCUCUAUAUUAGAGUGUUAUGGUGAAGAAGGAAAAUUUUAAUUAUGGAUAUAUAUGGCAAAUACAUUGAGCAUGGAUAUAAUAGAUAUAGAACAUGUUGAGACCUGUGUGCAUUCCUCUAAACAUCCAACGUCUAUACACUGCAACUGCAUCAGUUCAAAUUCUGUAUGCUAUGUAGCAAUUACCAUUGCAACUUUAGCUCUUCUAGGAGCUAUAGUUUUCAUAUGUAAAGAUUACAUUAAAGUGCUACUCUUCUGGAUAGAACACCAGAAUAUUUGGAUUAUUACAGUCAUAUUUGUUGCACUAUUCACAGUAGUUUCCUUUCCUAUUGUAAUUGGAUAUUUAUUCCUCAUUGUUGCCAGUGGUUAUCUUUUUGGAAUCGUGCGAGGUAUAAUGAUGGUUGUUCUUUCUGCAAAUUUGGGUAUUGCUAUAGCACAUGUCACUUUGGGUGCUUUCUCUUCUAAACUGCCAAUCGGAGCAUUAUUACAAAGUGAUACUGCAAGAGCAAUACUUAGAGUAAUUUCAGGUCCACAAGCUUUUAAAGUUGUACUGUUUGCAAGAUUAACUCCGAUACCUUUUGGCCUACAAAAUACAAUUUUUGCUGUUAGUAACAUAACUGGCAUUCGCUACCAUGUGGCUAGUGCAUUGGGUUUAUUACCAGCUCAACUCAUUAAUGUUUACUUAGGUAGCAGUUUAAGGUCAAUGCAAGAUGUACUAGAAGAUAGAUCAACAGCAGCAACUGGCUAUAUUGUUUUCUGUUUCCAGAUAUUAGUAGGAGUAUCUCUUAUGGUAUAUGUUGUACAAAAAGCACGCAGAGAACUACAAUUGGCCUUAUUGGAAGCUGAUCUUGCAUCAAUGACUGAUACACCUCACUAUUUGUUAGAUAUUAUGCCAGAUUCUAAAAUGACUUUAACGAAUUUCAUUGCUUGAUAGUUACAUUAUAACUAAUCCCAAUUAACUAUAUGAUAAGUAUAUUUUAAAUAUUAAAAGAGGAUACGUUAAUUCUUUGCACUCUAUAGUCUUCUAUUCUUGCUAAGAAUAAAUGCACUAUAUAAUACUUAUAUUAGUGUAUAGAAUAUAAGGAAUUAAUAUUUUUUCUAUGAGAAUAGUAGAACCAUCUAUAUGUGUUAACUUUUUUUUCUACUAUUCUCUUAUCCAUUAUGUUCCGAAUGCAUUUGCAAGGAUUUUUAUAGAAAUAUAUAUAUAUGUAUAUACAUAUAUAUAAGCUUCCAAAAAAUGUAUAAAUUAGUUCUAUCUGAUUUUUAAUAUUGUUAUUUAUUUUUCUAUUUAACUUUUGAAUAAUAUAUGAUAAUAUACUAUAAUUUUUUCUUCUUUAAAUACUGUGACCAUGUAUUAUUGUUAUCAUAUCAUCAUCUUAGCUUGAUCAGUUAGUAUUACAUAAAAGAAUUUAUUACAGUCUAAACAAGUGAUUCCUUAUGAAAGAAACAUAUAUUUUGUAAAUUAUAUGUUUAUAAUUUCUUUUUAGGUAUUGAUUAUGUAUUUUAUACAUGUAAGAUGAUAUUAGCAUUCUUAAUAGUUCUUUAAAAUUUAUUGCUUUAAAUAUCUAAAAAAAAUUGUCUUUAAAAAUAAUAAUAUUUAUGAAAAUAUUAUCAAAUAAUCAGAAAAGUAUUACAUACAAUAGCUUUCAAAUAUUUUUGAGGAUACAUAAGUUGAAAGGAUUACUCAUAUUUUUAGAAUAAUAAUAAAACUUUUACCGUUAAUAAUAUUAACAUUACAAUAGAAAUGAUCUUAAAGGUAU